AUGGCGGACAAAGAUGACAAAGAAACAGAGACAAAAGAGUUUUCAAGAAAAAGAAAGAGUAGUGCAAAUAAAGAUUAUAUCAAGGAAAUGGUACAUUCUUAUCUUAGUAAUUUUGCUUGUUUGAAUCCUGGUACAACAAUCGCUGAAAGCGAUUUAAAAGACAAUAAUGAACUACAGGAGCAUAUACAAUCGAUUACAUUGUGCGACAUACAUCACAAAUCUGAAGUGCAAAUGACAAACACCGAACUCGUAUAUCACAUAUACAAGUUGGAUUCGUUCGGGGUAGAAACGGACACACUGACCGAUAGCGGGUCCGGCGAAGAGCUCCCGGCAGCGGACGUGUGGACUCUACCGUCCGAGGAGUUCCACGGGCUGUGGGAGAGUCUCAUUUACGAUUCCAGCCUCAAAGAAGAUACGUUACGGUUCGCAGAGACCGCUUUCGAGUUCGCGGAUCGCGGCGUCAAUUCGACCAUAGUCGGUUGCAAUCGCGUAAUACUACUGCACGGCCCUCCCGGGACCGGGAAGACGAGCCUCUGCCGAGCUCUCGCCCAGAAAUUGUCGAUACGACUCGGCGACAAGUUCCCGAGAGCGCGGCUGCUGGAAAUCAACGCGCACGGACUGUUCUCCAAGUGGUUCUCGGAGAGCGGCAAGAUCGUGGCGCGGCUGUUCGACCGCGUGCGCGAGAUAGUGGAGGACCGCAGGCUGCUGGCGUGCGUGCUCGUGGACGAGGUGGAGUCGCUGGCGCACGCGCGGCGCGCCGCCGUCGCCGGCCUCGAGCCGUCCGACUCGAUCCGCGCCGUCAACGCGAUCCUCGCGCAGCUCGACCGCCUGCGCCGGCACCCGAACGCGCUCGUGCUGACCACCUCCAACGUGACCGGCGCCAUCGACGUCGCGUUCGUGGACCGCGCGGACGUGAAGCGGCUGGUGGGGCGGCCGAGCGCGCGCGCCGCGUACGAGAUCCUGCGCGGCUGCUGCGAGGAGCUGAUGGCGCGCGGCGCGGUGGCGCCCCGCGAGCGGCUGUUCGCGCUGCGCGUGCUGGAGGGGUCGCGGUUCGCGGAGAGCGAGGCGGCGGGCGGCAGCCUGCGGCUGUGGGCGGCGGCGCGCGCGGCGGCGGCGGCGCGGCUGUCGGCGCGGGCGCUGCGCCGGCUGCCGCUGCAGGCGCGCGCGCUGCACUGCGAGCCGCGGCCCGCGCCGCCGCUGCAGCGCUUCCUGCGCGCGCUGCAGGCGGCGCUCGCCCGCCACGUGGCCGACUGCGACGACCUGCUCCGCGACGAGCCCGUGUAG